AUGGAUGUUUAUGAGCACAUAAUAUGUAAUGGAUUUCUAAAAGGAUAUGUUACUUGGAUCUUUCAUGGUGAGCAAGUUGGCUCUUCUAGUUCUCUAGAAACAUCUCAAUUAGAAGGGGAGUUUGAUCAUGAUAUGGAUAUGUUGAUUCACGAUGCAUUCGAGAUGCAUGCAAUUAAUGAAAGUGAUGAUACAAAUGUAAACAUGGAGAAUGGAGAUUCUAGAGAAUUCAUGAAUGAACCCAAUGUUCAACAAUCCGAAGAAGAUAGAACAACAAAUACAAGAAGAAAUGACAUUGAGACUCAUACAUCUUUUGAGAGUGCAAGUGAAAGUUCAAGUAAAGGUGAAAAGAAGACUAGAGGUUAUACACAUAUGUUAGAUGUGUGGGACAUGCCAGAUGGAGAAUUCAUACUUGUUGAAGUAGAUCCUUUGGGUAAUCCCAUGGGUUGGGAAGGGAAAACUUUAUUAAAUGCAAUAGGGAGCUUGGUAAGGAGACAUCAAUGUGCUCCUAUCAAUUAUCUUAGCUGGAAGGACAUGCCUGAGGACUAUAUUGUUAAUAUGCUUGAAUUGAUUCAGAGUAAAUUUCAAUUUGUUCCUGAAUUGACUGAACAAGCAAAGGAAGUACUAAAGGAUAACAUGAGUAUGAAGUGGAGGCAAUUUAAGUAUGAUUUGAAAUCAAAAGGAUAUGAUGAGAGUCAAACUGAGGAGGAAAUGUUUUCUCAUAUUCCUGAUUCAAGGGUUGAUCCUUCUCAAUAUCGUGAUUUGCUACAUUAUUGGUGUUCUGAGAAAGGGCGGAAAAUAAGUGACAUCAACAAAAGGAGCGCUCGAAGUAUGAAGACUUACACUGCAUGGGAACUAAAAAUCUUCCGAGACUAG